UGUCGUUGUAAUUUGCUUUAUUACACGAAGUUCCCUCAAGCUUGUUUCAUUUCGCCAUAGGCAGAAGGAGGCGGGUCCAGAAGUGCGAGGCGGGGCUUGCCGGGUGGGGCUGUGGACUGACGCUGGUCAGCCCAGACAGGUGCAGGUCGGGCAGGUUUCCCCAAUAACCCCCUGGAGCGGCCAAACCUGCAGCAACCUGUGACAACUGCGGCUGGGCAGCCUGGCAUUGGGUAAGGUGGUCGCUGAACAGGACGCCCCUCGGAACCCGGACACCCAUCACCUCUUAGCACCUUCCACCCUUGGCUCCCCUUGACUGCCCCAGCAUAGAAGGUCCCCUCGGGUUUUCAGUAAAGUCAAUUCAGGUUAUUUUCUCUGACUCCUUCAUUCAUGUUUCCUUCAUUGCUCUUCUGCUUCUUCCCUUCUGUCUUCUCCCUGAAAAUCUCUGAGCAUUCUCUGAGCUCACUCACUUUUCCCUUCACUCUUCAAGCGCUCUGGGAGGAGUUGUCUGCACUCCUAGGUGUGGGUGCAUGCUUCCUCAUUCAUUGUCUAUUUAAUCCCUGAGCCCGUUCUGUUUGCCUCUGACUUCACUAAUGUCUACCCACCCCAGUUCUGCCUAACAUAGAGCUCAUCAAGCUGAUGGUAAAGUGGAAGCUAAUGGCCAGACAUUAAUGUUAGUGAGUGAUUCUAGCAAGUCAUGCGUGUGUCUAAAAAAUCGGCACUCAGGUGGCUUCUGAGUGGUGGGGACCCAGCUUGGCUGGUGCACUCUCUCCCCCUGCCAAGAUGCCCAGACCUCACGCACCACUGCCCUGUCUGGCCCCUCAACCUGCUUUGGACUGGUAGAAUUGUUUAUACAUGAAGGUAAGUAAGAACAUUCACCCACAUUUGAAGCAUUGAGAAAACCAAGGACGAUUCAGACAAUGAGUGUAUCCUGGGCCCCAAGCAGCUGAGCCCCAUAGAAGCUGAAAUGUGGAAAAUUGGGCUGAAGAUAAAAAUUGAGAGGAAAUCCCUCUACAGGCAGGGAAUGAGAAUGAUCAGUGCUCACUCCUUGGCAAGUUGGGUAUCCUACAAAUUUCCCAGGGGUAUUCUCUGUAAACCUUUGAACCCUGCUCUUCUCUACCAUGUAACUGGCAUCUGAAAACAGUUAUUGAGGAGGAGACUCUUCCAUGUAGCUCUCGUCGUCCCUGCAAGGCUUUAGAGUGCGGUCUGUUAUGAGUCCAGGGCUAUGAGAGCUUGGCUGUAUUCUGCCUUCCGUGGGGACCUUGUUUUCCCUCCUCACCACCCCCAAAGACCUUGUUCAGUUCCUGACUCCUUCUUGGGCUGACUUCUCUUGUCCUGUCUGUUUAGCAUGAAGGCCUUCCCAGGCAGACAUUUGGGUCUCGUGUGCCUGUCUUCAGGGUUAUUGGUAAUGACCCAACUCCAAGGAGGCCUCUCCAAAAGUUUUGGCCAAGCCAACCUGACUCCCUCCCUCAUAAAGACACGCCAUGAAGGCCUGAAAGCUCAGGGCACCCUGUUCGUGCUGGAGGGCUCCCCCUUCCUGAUCAUAGCAGGCACCAUCCACUAUUUCCGGGUGCCCAGGGAGUACUGGAAGGACCGCCUGCUGAAGCUGCAGGCUUGUGGCUUCAACACUGUCACCAUGUAUAUUCCCUGGAACCUUCACGAACCAAAAAGAAAUCAGUAUCAUUUUACACAAAACUUGGAUUUGCAGAUUUUUAUAAUGAUGGCUUCACAAGUGGGGCUGUGGGUCAUUCUGUGUCCAGGCCCCUACAUCGGUAGUGACUUAGACCUUGGAGGACUGCCCAGUUGGUUACUCCAGGAUCCAAACAUGAAGCUGAGAACAACUUACAAGGGCUUCACUAAAGCAAUGAGUCACUAUUUUGAUGAGCUGAUUCCCAGGAUAAAAUCACUCCAGUUCAAAAAUGGAGGCCCCAUCAUCGCUAUGCAGGUUGAGAAUGAAUAUGGCUCAUAUAAUAUGGAUAAGAAAUACUUGCAGUAUGUUAAAAAGGCCCUGGUGAAGAGAGGGAUCGACGUGCUACUCAUGACAGCAGAUGGUGGACAAGAGCUGUCAAGUGGCCACUUGAAAAAAGUGCUUUCUACUCUCCGCUUGAAGGACAUAAAUAAAAAAACCUAUGAAACACUCUUUUCAAUUCAGGGCCAUAGCCCCAUAUUGAUGACAGUGUACACAGCCAGCAAUCCAGAUGUGUGGGGACUGCCUCGCAGUAUUCUGGACCCACACAUGUUAAUGAAAGACGUACAUGAAAUGCUCAACCUUCAGUUCUCUGUCAACUUCCAUAUGUUCCAUGGUGGUACCAACUUUGGCUUUAUGGGAGGAGCCAGAUUAGCAGAGUCCUUUCUCCCUGUGGUCACCAGUUAUGACUAUGGGGGACUGCUGACAGAGAAUGGAGAUUAUACACCAGAGUAUUUCACAUUUCAAGAAUUUUUUACCUCUUAUCUGGAGCUCCCCAAGACCGAGCUACCAGAAUCUCAGCCUAAGAUUGCUUACAAGUCACUGACUGUGACACACUUCAUAUCACUGUGGGACCUCAUACCCCACUUGAAGGAGCCAUUCAGGUCAUUCAAACCAGUCACCAUGGAGAACCCGAAUGUGAACAGUGGGAAUGGUCAGUCCUAUGGCUAUAUACUUUAUGAGACUGUCAUCUUCAAUGGAGGCGUCCUGACCUCAAGGAAUCAUGUUCAAGAUCGGGGUCAGGUAUUUUUGGAUAAGAAGUUUUUGGGCAUCCUGGAUCACACCAACAGUCAAGUGAUUAUUCCCAGGAAAAAUGGCUACAAGGAGUACAUGACAUUGAGCAUCCUGGUGGAGAAUCAAGGCAGACUUGCCUCAGGGAAGAACCUCAAUAAGGAGAGAAAAGGCUUAACAGGGGAUAUCUAUCUUAACAACUCUCCAUUAAGGAAAUUUCAAAUCUUCAGCCUGGAGAUGAGUGUUAAUUUCAUGAAAAGGGGCAUUCCUAACAUCUGGAAACCAGCCAUCUACCAACCUCAGUUUCAGGGCCCUGCCUUCUUCCUCGCUUUCAUGUAUGUUUUUAAUCACCCCAAAGACACCUUCAUAAAACUAGAGGGCUGGACAAAAGGAGUAGUAUUCAUCAAUGGUCGAAAUCUGGGACGCUACUGGAAUAAAGGUCCUCAGGAGACUCUUUACCUGCCUGCACCCUGGCUUCGACCUGGAACAAAUGAGGUCAUCCUGUUUGAGGAAUUCAAACCUGGUCUACAGAUUCAGUUCAGUGAUAAUCCUGAGCUUGGCGUGAUAGCCUGAGGGUAAUUCGUAACACCUGGCACCAUCAUUCUGGCUCUUCCUGGUUGAAAGAGAGAUGAAGACACAACACGUACCGCCUCGUAGGCAGCCGCAACUUUCCUCACAGCCCUUGUAUGAGAGUCAGUAUUUGUCGUAAUACCUGCCUCAACUCCACCAGUCCCCUCCACUGAAGGAUGAGUUCCUCUCACAGCACGAAUGCCUUGCCCUCAGCCUCCCUGCCUUCCAGACGUUUCCACUGUGCUUUCUUAUAAACCUAGGUACAGACAUCCCCCACUUCUUGCCUUUUCUGAGCCUUAUCAUGCCUCGCUGCUGCUUUUUCUCCGCCUGGCAUGCUAAGUGAUUCUCAGGCACUGUUUUCAGGGCCCUUUCUCAGGUUGCCAUGGCAGGGGCACAGCGCGGUCACCAGAGGUGAACUGUUGCAGGCUUUCUGUGUCUGUCCACGGCAGCACAUGGCCUGUGCUUCACUGCCUCUACUCCUGUUGUUAGUAGCAGGUCCAACUAUCCUGUUGGAGACUCAUCCUCGCUCUGGGGAACAGUUUUGUGGGACUAGCGCUCCAGCUCCCUGCCCUUCCUGCCUGUGGCUUCUCUGCCCUCCCAGGGCUGGGCGUGGGACAUACAGGCCAGCAGCUCCUUUCUUUUCCAGGGUAUUGAACCUUAAGUGGUGUGACAUAAAGUAGAACUGGAUUGAGUUGAUUCAUCCCAACAUAGGGUCCUGGUGUCCUGGUGGUCCUGACACCCUGGUUGCUGGGUGCCCCUGGCCUCUCUGUUGACCUCAAGUCCUGAUCUGGGUCUACUACCUAGACCCAGUACUUUCCUCUUUUGUUUCUGAUACUCACAACAAAAUAUGCCUCUUCAGUGCGCACUCUGUCAAAAGCUGUUUGAUCACCAAAUAGAAUAUUGGGGCGGGGGAGGGCGGGGAAGGGAAAUGAGAUCCUCAUAGUACUUCACCCUCCAAAUGUGUAUCUGAGCCACAUGUGGUUUUCUAAUAAAUCAAAUAAAAUAUAAAUGUUAAUGCAGGAAAUGAGAGUUCAUGUUUGCCAUUUGCUUUUGGUGUUGAAAAAAGUG